AAAUAAUGGUGAUAGCAGCAAUAAUGGUGAUAGUAACAAUAAUGGCGGUGGCAGCAAUAAUGGCGGUGGCAGUAAUAAUAGCAGUGGCAGUAAUAAUGGUGGUAGCAGCAAUAAUGGUAGUGGCAGUAAUGAUUGCAGCAGUAGCAAUAAUAGCGGCAGCAGCAAUAAUAAUGCAGGACUUUUACAUCAAUAUAAUGAUGAUAGUAGCGAUGAUAAUGAUACGGAUAAAAUAAUAGCUGCAGCAGCUAUAUAG